CUGGGCGGGCCUUCCGACGUCCACCAUGGGCGACAUUUUGUAAAUUGGGAUCUGUUCCCCGAGCUUUGGGACCGCUGACCCGCCUAAGAGAAGCGAAUCGGGAAGGCGCUUUGCCGUGAUGCCCAGGCCUCACCUUCGCGCGCAGACUCCGCUGGCGGCGGACGCGCUGAUGGGCCCGCCUUUGGUUCCACGUUCAGCUGAACCAUUUAUGGACCCCACUCCAGGCUCUGUGACCUUUGAGGACGUGGCUGUGUACUUUUCCCAGGAGGAAUGGAAGCUUCUUCAUGAGGCCCAGAGACUCCUGUACCGAGAUGUGAUGCUGGAGACCUUUGCACUUGUUGCAUCAUUGGGUUGCUGGCCUGGAGUUGAUGACAAGGAGACACUUUCUGAGCAGACUAUUUCUGUAGAAGGGCCCCACAUAAAUCCUUCAAAGGCAGUCCUGUCCACCCAGAAGGCAUAUGCUUGGAAAAAGUGUUGCCUGGACAUAGGAGGUGUUUUGCAUGUAGCUGAAGAGCUGAGAACACACCCUGGCCAGAACCUGUGUGAGUCAGGAGUGCAAUUUCACCAGCACAAUGGAAAGAACAUGUUUAGAACAGAUAUGGAUAAGGCUUUUAUGAAGAGCCACAUAGUCCAUGCAUCCAUGGUGUCUGCCACAUGCCAGGAGGCUGGGAAGGAUUUCCCUGGUAACUGUGGCCUUGUCCAGCUUCAGCUCACACCACAAAAGGACACUGUGUGUGUGGAGGCCUUUCCUAGUGUGCAAAGGCAAUAUGAGUGCAGUGAAUGUGGGAAAGCUUUCUGUCGUAAAUACAGGCUUGCUCAGCACCAGAGAGUUCACACUGGAGAGAGACCUUAUGAGUGCAGCGAAUGUGGGAAAAGCUUCAGCUAUAAGCACAUACUUGUUCAGCACCGGAGAGUCCACACUGGAGAAAGGCCUUAUGAGUGCAGUGCAUGCGGGAAAGCUUUUAGCAACAAACCCACACUUGUUCGGCACCAGCGAAUUCACACUGGAGAAAGGCCUUAUGAGUGCAGUGACUGUGGGAAGUUCUUCAGCCAAAGCUCCAGUCUUAGUGAACAUCAGAGAAUUCACACUGGGUCACGGCCUUAUAAAUGUGAUGAAUGUGGAAAAUUCUUUACCUCCAACUCCAACCUAAUUAAGCACAGGCGAGUUCACACAGGCACAAGGCCUUAUGAGUGCAAUGAAUGUGGGAAAUUCUUUAAUCAAAGUCCCAGCCUCAUUAAACAUCAGAGAAUCCACACCGGUGAAAAGCCAUAUGAAUGCCAUGAAUGUGGGAAACUUUUUAGCCAAAGCUCUACUCUCAUCAAGCACCAGAGGGUUCACACUGGAGCAAGGCCUUACAAGUGCACUGAAUGUGGGAAACUUUUUAGCCAAAGCUUUGGCCUCACUCAACACCAGAGAAUUCACACUGGAGAAAGACUGUAUGAGUGCAUCGAAUGUGGAGAAGUGUUCAGCCAAAGCACCCGACUGACUCAGCACCGAAAAGUGCACACCAGAGAAAGACCUCUUGAGUGUAGCAAAUGUGGAAAAGUCUUCUGUCAAAGAGCUGCUCUGAUUGAGCACCAGAAACUUCACAGCCAAGACAGACCUUACAAAUGCAGCGAAUGUAGGAAAGCUUUCAGCCGGAGGUCCAACCUCCUUCGUCACCAGAAAGUUCAUGCUUAAGAAAGGCCUUCAAAUGGGAUGAGGAGAGCACUGGGUGAGCUAUGUCCUUAGUUAGUGCAUCAUAUUAAAGAGACUGUGGGGGAGUCAUCAAUUGAGCAUUGUACAUCUGAACAUUGCUAGUGUGGAGAUGGCCUCUGAGUUCCAGAUUGACAGAAGCCUUCUAAGGAGCCAUACUGUACUUUCUAACCUGCCCUGGGCCUUUGCCAGACUUAAGUCACUGUGAGGUUCUGUGGCAGAAGUCAUCUUGCCUCUACUGAGUGGCAGAUCCCCAUACUAAGCAUCACCCCUCAGUCUGACAGGCUAGAUAGACCUUUGUGCUCGCCCAUCCUGGGCAGGGAAGCAUGCACAGCCUGAGCAUGUGAAUGUUGUCCUUCUCUUGUGCCUAACUGACUAGGACAUGGACAUAACCAGCUUUGACCAAGGGGAUGCAAUCUGGGUUCUGAAUGGCUUACAGAGGUUUAUCUUCAGUGGCAUUGUCUCAUGUCAUGCUCAGGACAGAUUGUUCCAGCUCCAAGUCACCUUGUUUGGGAACAUGGUAUUCCCUCAGCGGGAAUAGCAUCAUGGCAGAGAAUAGAGUUCAUUCCAGUUUUAGUCUAACUGGCAUAGUGGUCCAAGGGCUCCUGGGGUAGACAGCAGGGCUUUGUGUGAUUAGUCUUGUGACCUGGGUGUCAGACUUUUUGGGGGGUCUAGAAGUCACCCUGAGAACCACCAGUGUUUUUUGGAGUAGCAUAAGUUGUUCUCUUCUUCACAUGGGGUGUCACAUAAUACCCCAAUGCUGUUCCAGAGAAGAUGUUGACUAGCUCCAGUUGCAAAAGAGCUUUGCACUCUAACCUGGCAUUACUGAGUGUUACAUUGUAAACAUUAAGUGGGUACCAUACAUGGUACAGAAACACACAGGGAAUUAAGGAAGUUUAGCAAGCAAAAAGGGAUGAACCCAUUGUAAAGUUGCAUCCACAGAUGUUCCUAUGAGUAGGGUGGUUCAGGAUCAGGUUUCUGCAGAAAGUCUCAGGAGCUCCAGAGGUGUUUCUCUCCUGUGGACUGAGUCCCUGUCAGUCUGAAUAAUGUAAAGUUUAGGAUUCCCAAAGCAUCUCCAAAUUGUUUCUCUCAAGGACACUGCUGCACAGUAGGGGGAAAAAAAUGGAAAGAGUAGAAAUUGUGUGGUCCUGGAAUGUUGAGUUUUAUGAUCCAGGCAGUGUUUCUGGAUGACUCAAGUGGAAACAGCUUUCCUUGCUCACCAGUCUUCAUUGCUAUUGAGAAAAGAAUUCCUCCCACGACACAGAGAGAGGAGGUGGAGUAACAUGCAGUUGCCAGAGCUCUACUGAAAAAGACAUUCAGGAAAUAGAUUAAGAUUUUAUCUUUGCUCCGGCCGCACCUGUGGCACAUGGAGUUUCCCAUGCUAGGGGUCCAAUCGGAGCUGUAGCUACCAGCCUAGGCCAGAGCCACAGCAAUAUGGGAUCCAAGGCUUGUCUGCGACCUACACCACAGCUCACAGCAACGCUGAAUCCUUAACCCACUGAGCAAGACCAGGGAUCAAACCGAAAACCUCAUGGUUCCUAGUUGGAUUCAUUAACCCACUGAGCUGUGACGGGAACUCCAAGAGAUUCAGAUUUUUAUGUGAAGCCAAUUUUUAUUAGAGCUUAACCGAGCUCCAUAGUUAGUAUACACUGAAUAGAACAUACCUAAAAUGUACAACUCGGUAAAUUUUAAUGUUUGUAAACCCAUCAAACCAUCAUCAUAACAAAUACCCAUCACUCUCAUUCCACAUGUCACCCAGGCAACUACUGUUGAUUUGCUUUUUUUCCACAAUUAAUGUCUAGAAAGACUUCUAAUAUCAUUGGAAUCUCAAUGUUCAUUUCUUAUAUUUAUCUUUGACAAUGCAGAAGUAUUUUGAGGAUCAUUUAAGCUACAAAUGUGAAUUGUUCAUUUUUUAAUUUAUGAACAAUACAGUUUGGAUAUACUACCAUUUGAUUGUUCAUCCACUCAUCUAUUAAUGUAUAGGGUUUUGUAGUUUUUUUUGACUUUUAAUUUUUAUAGCUGUACCUGUGGAAGU